AAAGCUCAAGCAGGGGAACAACUUCCAUAUUCUGGAGCAACUGCUGUUGUACGGGAAUGCGGGCUUUUGACAACCUCAUUCAUAGAUUGUUUCAUUCAGCAUCUUGGACCUGUAUCUAGUGAAGCAAACAUUGUCAGUGACUAGCCCAUGUCAUAUGAAACUACUAAUAUGCCAACAUGAAUCAAUACUAGUAUCCAAGGGCAGCUUCUAACAGCAUCAAGUGCUUCAAGGAAGGUAAUUGAGCAGACCCAUUGUAUAUGAUAGGACAUCAAGUGGAUUAAAAAUGAGCUAAAAGAGGCACAGUGAAAAUGCUAAGGUUGGGUCUCCUGGAGGAGAAGGGGAGAAGUUCUGAGGAGGCUGUCUUGGAGGGGCAAGGGAGAAGCUCUUGAGUUUGGGAGAGGGACCAGCCUGGUGCUUUCUGUAGCUGAUCUUCAGUGGCAACCUGUGGGCUGGCAAUGCAAGGACUGGCAGGCAGGCUCAUGGGGCCACUGAGGCCCUAGCUGACCAUCGUCUCCUUUUUGAGCUACUCUUGCACAGGAUUUGUUUAACCUUGUUUGCUUCACUACAUUCUUGUUCUUAAUUAUGUCACUUAGCUAUGUUUUUAUUUAGAUUGCAGCCCUUUUGUGACCCGGAGCAAGUUUUGUAAUCACGUAGUGUCCACUGCUGGUAAUUUAAAGCCUAUUUAAUUUCAAAACUGAAUUGUUUUCCUUCCUUUCCAAAGUUAUUCAUUAGUUUAUCUCAUUUUGAUGUUUUUGAAAGUUGUCAUACAAUAACAGAAAUACAAAUGGCUUAAUUCUCUUUGUCACCUGUAUAGGUUCUGACUCAUUUUCUCUUUUCUUUCUCUCUUUGUUACACCUCUCUCAGCCACUUUCUGCUAUAUUGCUACACCUCAGUCACGAUCCAUAGCAUCAAUAAAGGCUAUGGUUGAGGUGUUUGUUGUUUAUAAAAUGUUAUGGGUUUCUAUCAUGGGAAGCUUUGUAAUUCUUAAAUUCUUAUAUAUUAGGAAGGAGGUUUUAAAAAACUCUUUUGGUCUGAGUUGAACUUAAUACAAGGGUUCCAAUUGUGAGAGGUCUUCAUAAUUGCACAUACUUCCACUGUGAUAGAAAUCUAUUGGAAACAAUACAUGGUUCACAGCAAAAUAUUCUUUUUCCUCUUAUGAUUUCAGUGAAACAGCUGUAUAAUGGAGUAUUAUCAAUAAAAUGGUGCAUAGUUCUUAGGAAUUUUAAGAGGAUAAUUAUUUUCUUUUUUCAAAAUAUUUUCUCCCGAGGAAAGAUUGUGACAGAAAAAGGCAGAUGGAGAUAUAUUCUUGCAACUGCCCACCUAUCUCCAGAUACAAGAUAGAAAUUUUUAUACCUUAGCAGCAACUAUUUCAAAUGCUGCUAAAAUAUUCUAACUUAUGUAUCUUCCUAAGAUUUUUCCCUUCAUUAAUUUGAUAUGUUAUAGAAGAAUUCACUACUUUUGACUGUGUCUCUCAUCAAUUAAAAACAAUAAAACUUUGCCACUAACAUUUCAUGGCUAGUUUUGAUAACAGUACAGCACACAACUUAGUUCCUCUUGGUUUGUUGUUAAUUUUGUCUAAUUUAUUUACUUCUGGACUCUGCACUGUUUGGAUUUCUCUUGUCCUGGCAUUUUGAGGGUGGAUUUUGCAUCUUGCUUGUUGCUGUACAGUUUUCAGAACAGAUCAUACCUAGAAUUUGUUCAAGUUGUGCAACUAUGAGAGUGUCCAUUACAGAACUAAAGUAAAGAUUAAGAGUUAUGAUCUACCUGUAAAUUGCUGAGUGCUCUCAAUUUUCUUUUAAAUCAGUGGGACUUGAGGUGUUCCAUUGUAGAAAUGGGCCACUGUUGUUAAUGAGGUCACUCUAGCAACUAAGGGUUUUGGUACUGGGCCCACUGUACUACCGUAAAAAUGACUGUAGUGAUUCUGGUGAUAAGGAGUGUCUGGAAAAAAAAUGACUGACUGUGAAAACACAGUUAUAAUGGAAGUUUGUGGCUGCAGAAGUUCCUCUUCAACAGCUAAUGCCAAUGAUACAAGGUAGAAUGCCUCACACUCCUCAAACAGUGCAACUUGCAGGACAGAAACAAAGCCAACGACAGUAAAAUAAUACAUCCAAGCAUCUGUCUCUGGAAAAUGUGGCAAGUUCUCACACUCCUCCAUCUCAGCUGCUUGGGAGGCAGCAACCUGCUGACGUCUUCACAGUGGCUUUCCCAGCUUCAUUGUAGCUUUCACAGCACAACCACCUGUCGGAGAGUUUCCAGAACAGCUUCAGAAAAUGGAGUCCCAGACACAAAGUAUUUCCAUCACUUCUGCUCCAUAUAGCCAGCUCAUGACAUCUCUUCAACAUCAGGAAAACCAAGUGCAUCAACGAAUAGCAGACCUCAGGAAAGAAGGUUUAUGGUCCCUAAGGCGAUUGCCAAAACUUCAAGAGGCUGCAAGACCCAAAUCUCACCAGGAUUUUCUACUGGAAGAAAUGCAAUGGAUGGCAACUGAUUUUGUUCAAGAGAGAAGGUGGAAAACAGCAACUGCUAAGAAGCUGAUCAGAAAUGCGGUGCGCUGUCAUGAAGAUAAGAGACUUCAUAAGGAGAGAAGCAAGAAAGCAGAACAGAAUCGACUGAGGUGCAUUGCUGCUUCUAUUGCUAGAGAAAUUGAACAUUUCUGGUCCAGCAUUAAACAGGUGGUAGAAUUAAAACUGCAAGUAGAAGAAGAAAGAAUGAAAAAAACCUCAAAUGUACAAGAAAUUUCAAAAAGAGGUCAAGGUAUGAGAAUUCAGGAUUCAGGAAUAUCUGGGAGAAAAAGAAAAGCAACCACAUUGCUUACUGAUCAUGAAGAGAUAGAUGAAGAGAAUGCUGAAGUGCGAAAUUCUGAAAAAGAAAACAUGGGUCAUCAAAUUGAGUUGACUGAUUUAGCCAAAGAAGAAAUGGAAGACUCUGUAAGUGAGAGAGCGAGCCCUCUGAAGGAAGUAGUAUUCAUUGAGUCACUCCUCAGAAUUGAUCAGCAUGAGGGUACAGAGAAAACAAGUGCUGCAAUGAAACACAUGAGAGACAUAGUAGAGGUUGCUGCUGCUGCAGAAGUGCUGUUACCUAAAGAUAGUGCUCAAAUCACAACGGCAGUAAAAGGUGAUACUCCAUCCCUGUUGUAUGGGACUCUUAGAGAGUAUCAGAAGAUUGGUCUGGACUGGUUAGUGAAGUUAUAUAAGAAGAAUCUCAAUGGUAUUCUGGGAGAUGAGGCAGGACUUGGCAAAACUACGCAAGUCAUUGCCUUUUUCACACACCUGGCUUGUAAUGAAGGUAAUUGGGGUCCUCAUCUUGUUGUUGUACAGAGCCGUAACAUACUAAAGUGGGAGCUUGAACUGAAACACUGGUGCCCUGAGUUGAAACUUCUAUGUAUUGGCAGCCAAAGAGAACUUAUAGAAAACAAACAGGACUUGAUGAAACCCAAUAGCUUUAAUGUAUGUAUCACCUCAUACAAGCAACUGUUUAAAGGCCACCAAACCUUGAGGAAAACGCGAUGGAGGUACCUAGUUGUAGAUGACAUGCAGAAAAUUAAAAAUCUGACUGAGAAGCACUGGGAGGCACUCUUCCAUCUCCAGAGCCAGCAUCAUUUGCUCCUGAUAGACACUCCUUUGCCCAAUGCCUUGAGGGAGUUGUGGACCAUGCUGCAUUUUCUAAUUCCAGGAAUUUCCAUACCUUACCUGGAUUUCCUGGUGAAAGCAGCCAAUGAGGACACCCAAGAUUAUUGCCAUAAAGUGGCUACAAGAUUGCACAAAAUAAUUCAACCAUUUAUUCUGCGAAGAUCCAAAAGACAUGUUGAAAAACAAUUACCAAAGAAAUAUGAAUAUGUGCUGAAAUGUCAUCUUUCUAAUCGGCAGAAGGCUAUGUAUGAAGAUGUGAUAUUACAACCAAGAAUCCAAGAAACUCUUAAAAAUGGAAACUUUGUCAGUGUCCUUCAUGUUCUGAUACAGCUCCAAAGGAUCUGUAAUCAUCCUGAUCUGAUAAAACCCAGGCUUUCUGGCUCCUCCUAUGUAUCAGAGACACUGGAAUAUACAGCUGCUUCUCUAGCACUAAAGGUACUAGAACGGGAUCUUUGGAAGGAUUCAGACACUUGUCUCUUUGAUCUGAUUGGAGUGGAAAACAAAAUGACUGACUAUGAGGCACAAGUACUACCAAAACAAAAGGUGACUAGAAAGCUUAUUGAAGAGAUCUACAGCUCCCCUAAUCCUUCACCCAGACCCAAACCAAUGAAGCUCAAACCAAACAGGUUAUUUCAACCAGUGGAAUAUGGACAGAAACCUGAAGGUAGGAUUGUAGAUUUCCCAACUCCUCCAUCAUGGCAUACAGGGAAUACAGUAACGGUUAUGGCAACACAUUAUGGGAAAAGACAAGGAAGAUUGCCUCUUGCCACAUUUUCAGCAAAUUAUAAUAAGAAAGGUGACAAGAUAAUAAAACUAAGCCAGCUGCCCUCCACAGCGAGAGCACAAGGCAAAACUAUUCAGCCAGACAUGCCUGUAACACUGCAGUUUAAAGGGAAAACAUUUACUUUAUCUUAUGGCCAACUCUGCCAGCUUACUGGAGGGCGUCUUCGGCAACUUCAAGGAAAUGUUCUUCACAUUGUUUCAGUGCCAGGCUUGUGGGAUUUGCAAUCUCAGUGGCCAGUUGCCUUGUUGCCCCUCUAUCGUGCUGGGGCUGGGACUGUUCAAGAUACCGGCUUCCCAAAGCAUUUAAAGCAUCAAGCAGAUGUGCCAACGUCUAUAAUAGUAAGACAGCAAAUUACCAAUUUGGCAGUGGAUGAUCCAGAAACUGAAUCAAAAUCUGUAUCUACCCUAGAAUGUCCAACCCAGACAGCGUUUGAGGAAAGGAACAGGCACCUAAAAGAGCGCCUGGACAGAAUAUUUUCUGGAAAUGAGCGACGUUGUUCCAGAGUCCCAUUGUAUGGCAGAGACUUGUUGGGAAUUUGUUCUUUGAUUGGUGAAAAAAAGAUUCCUCAGCAGAGUUCUACCAGCGACAACAAAUGGAUGUGGGCUGGUUUUGUGAACUGUUGCCUUUCGUCAAGUGCCUCAGGAGGCCAAAAUGAUCCAUUGCAAGCUCUGAUCCUGACAUCCGAUCAGCGACAGGAAUCCCUAAAGGAUUAUAUUAAUAGCACUCUCUGUGUGCUGCCGGCAGCAGUUGCUGCUCCCACAUAUUUGCGUGUCGGAAAUCCUCCUCCUUCAUAUAGGCAUGGAAUGAAAAUUUUCAAGCAGAAUCUUAAAGAGCAGGCAGCGCCCUAUUUACAUCACCUACAACAGAUUACAACUCCACGCUUACUACAGUUCCCUGAUCGCCGUCUGGUGCAGUCUGAUUCAGGCAAAUUGGAAGCUCUUGCUGUCUUGCUUCAGAAGUUGAAAUCUGAAGGACACCGUGCGCUGAUUCUAACACAGAUGAUUCUAAUGUUAGAUAUAUUGGAGCUGUUCUUAAAUGUCCGUUUUCUCACCUACAUAAGAAUUGAUGAAAAUGUCAACUGCGAGCAAUAUCUGGAGCUGAUAAAAAGAUUCAACCGAGAUAAGCGAAUCUUCUGUGCCAUUCUUUCCUCCCACAGUCCUUCCAUGGGUGGCAGUCACAUAGAGGCAAACACUGUUGUGUUCUGUGACACUGAUUUAGAUCCAGUGAUGCAUGCAAAAUCUCAGGAAUGGUGUGAUACAAUUGGGAGAAACAAAGACAUCCACAUAUACAGGCUUGUAAGUGGUAAUUCGGUAGAAGAGAUGCUGUUGAAAAAUGGCACUAAAUGUUUGAUUAAAGAAGGAGCCACUCAGGGAAAUAACUAUCCUAUGACAUUUUUAACACAGGCUCUUAGCGUUGAACAGAGAAAAGAGGAUCUUGGAAAAUAUGCACAAGAGGCAAGAAUUGAGUCAAGAACUGAAGUAACUUCAGAGUUACGCUGUCCAAGAAGUAUUAAGGCUCUGUCACAGUUAAAGGAAUUGGAUGACAUUAUGGAUCUGCUGGUGCCAAUUGAAAAGUAUGCUUUGAAUUACUUGGAAUUAUUUCAUGACUACAAUGAUCAGGGAAAGCAGAAAGUCAAUGAGGAGUCGAAAACUGCAAACAGAGAGUGGGAAGUCAAUCAUAUCAAGAAGCUGAAGGAAAAGGAAGAUAAAAUGCAGUGGGAAGAGGAGGAAGAGCUCCUAACCUACACUAGGCAAGAUGCAUAUAACAUGGAAUAUGUCUAUGAAGACCCAGAUGGGCAAAUAGAAAGAAUGCCAAUUUGGACUCCCCUUACUCUGCUUCCAGAUCACAAUAAUGUCUACAUUGAUUCUGUCACGUGCCUGAUGUAUGAUUCCACACCAAUUUCAGAGUCUAAGCUGCCCCCUUUGUAUGCCAGGAAGGAGAGUAAGCAAUUCAGAAUGAAUCCAUCUGCUGCAGGUAGGAGGAAUAAACAUCGUCAUGGAGAAGUGGCUAUUCCUCAGUCACUUUUUCACCGAACGACUCCAAGAAUGUUGAAAAUGCGUCGAAAGGAUAGCGAACAGACCACCAUCCUGCUGAAACAGCAAACAUAUUUUGCAAAACCUUUGCCUGCUGUUGUCAAACCAGCUGCUGAGGCUGGACGGGCAGCAGCUGGACAAGACAAUCCUGAGUGGCUGAUCAGUGAAGACUGGGCGCUGCUACAAGCAGUGAAGCAGUUACUGGAGCGUCCUUCAAAUCUUGCCAUUAUGUCACCAGUGCACACACCCAAUUGGGAUCUUGUUAGUGACCUUGUUAACUCAUAUAACCAAGUUUAUCGCUCACCAAAACACUGCCAAAAUCGAUAUGAAAAUGUUGUUGUUCCAAGAGAGGAAGGAAAGAACAUCAGUAAUCACCCUGUUUGUACCAGGCAAAUCUAUGCUGAAGAUCAGAAUGCUGCACACACCCAACUUUACAUGAGUCGCUUUGAUUUAAUGAAAAAGAUAGCAAGAAAAAGAAGUCCCUCGGUUAAACCUCUCAGAAAUAACGAUGACAAGCCAUCCUCCAGGAUUCAGGCUGCAUUCUGCUGUACAGUGUCUAUGUCAAAAGAGCAAAAGCCUCAAGCACAAGGACAGAUCCAGGUCCAAAUACCCCAGGCAGCACAAGUUCCUCAGGAAAAUCUUCCAGUGGUGUCUGUUCUACCACCAAUUGUACCAUUUGCAGGAGUUGAAACACUCCCGUUUACUGAGAUCACUGUGACUGAGAUUAGCGUUGCCACUGGGCAUCCACAGAAAGCAGCAGGAGCCCAGACAUUAGAUGUACAUGUCCAUCAGUUUCCAAAACUUGCACAUCAAGUAAUUCAGCAACAGAGCCAUUCAUUCCCAGAUUGUUCAGGGCCAAGCUACUGUGUAGAAAAGGUUCAGGCUCAGUCACAGACUGCGGCAGUGUCCCAGUCACCACCUGCUGGUCACCAUGCCUGAAUGAUUUCUGCAGCAAUGGCUACAGCUCAGGUGAUCCCCCAGAAGUCAAUAGAGGAACAGGUCCUGACAAUAGUCCCGCUCCAAAUGCUGACUCCAGGUGUACAGAAUUUAGCAGCCUCAACCAAAAUUAGCAAGUAAAAGUGCACAUGAGGUUACCUACUUUCAUACUGUGAAAGCAUCUAUGAAACCGUGUUGAACUAAUGAUUACAUUAGAAUAAGCAGAGAAGUACAGUAUUUUGUUUGCUAAACUAUGACAAUACAAUCUGCAGGUUGUCCACAUUUUAUUUUCCAAAUGAAGACUGAGCUCUUGCAUUUAUAUCUGUAAAAAAGUGAAGUUUUUACUGAAAUCUGAAAAAAGAAAAAUGUAUUCAACAUUGAAAAUACAUUAAUUGUAAUGCACAGAUAAAAGGUCUGUUAAAAUGAAAUACUUUCUGCUGACAGAAAAUGACUAUCCUUCUGUACCGAAGCAGUGAAUGACUAAAUUACAGAGACAGAAGUGUAAUCAACAUGUUCAUCAUUGUGCUAGGCUAUUGUCUCUAGAGCAAUAUCAAAUAAUAGCCAGUUAUUCUAUAAACAGAACUACAUUUUAUUAGUGGAGUGUUGCACUAAAUGGAAUGCAUAACAAUGAAAACUGCUGACUUUUUUUUGUUAGAUCUACUAUAACUGAAUAGCUGUCCUGUUAGGUGUAUGGAAACACAUGCAAACUGUAAAUUGUUGGAUGAAUCUUUAUCACUGUAAAGUAGGAAUUCAGUGAACACUGACAUACUGCCUAAACUGAGUGUAAGUUGAACAAUAAAGUGUCCUUUCUUUUCAUAUUAA